CACCACGAUGAUAGUUCAGGCGACAAACCUGACUACCAUACGGAACGGAUAUCAUGGCCCGCCGACGGCGACCCUCGAUUGGUGCGCACCGUUCGUGAUGCGCUUGAGCGUUGACGGAGCGUUAGCUUGCUAGGUGCGAGGAGAACUAUCAAUUCUCGCACUACAUAGCUGGUUGGAUCUAUUCAUGCUGAUCUGGAACUACUCUGAGAAUGAAUGCUUGUAGAGAUGGCGAAUACCGUGUCGAAUCUCGCUACCGUCGGGUUCGCUCUAUUUGGGCUGCUGAGGUGUAAUGCCGAGAAACUCCCAAUGCGGUUUGCUCUCGGAUACCUGGGCAUUGCUCUCAUUGGCGUAGGGAGCGCCUACUUCCACGGAACACUGUUGUUCCAGGCACAGCUGGCUGACGAGCUACCAAUGAUCUAUGUCGCCUCGAUGCCACUUUGGCUUUUAUUCGACCUUGACACGAAGUUUGACAUGAAGACCAGACGAACACGAAUACUGGGCUACUCGGUUGUUGCAUUCGAUGUGCUUUUCACAUGGUCGUAGUGAGUCGUGAUCCGGACAGGCUUCUCGGUAUCUCGUUAUCCCCAAUGCGUCUAGCUAUCUCUACCGGAACCCAGUGUACCACCAGAUGGUCUUCGGGACCAUGCUUUUCACUGUCGCGGGCCGGAUCUACUUCGUGAUUACCCGCUCACCGCACGGGCGGCGCAUUUCCCCCGAGAACAAGCGUCUGAUAGGGCGCAUCUUCAC